AUGUUUGGCCCCCUGCUGUACAUUUCCUUUCUGUGUAGGUGGAGAGGGAAGGCGAUGCCGGAAAUACGUGUGAUCCAUCGUCGCAGCGGCGGGAGGGGCACCAGAGAGGCGUCGCGGGAUCAUUUGGAUUUGGAGGAAAGACGGAGCAAGUUACGCACACUCCUUGUUGUGUGUCCACGGGCCCCAUACAGACCUCUUCAAGGUCCCAUUCGCCCUAUGCUACUUCGCGCUCAGUUCUUCCUUUUUACACACGCUUCCAAGAGGAAGCAUAGGCCCUUCUAUAAACAAGCUUCCGCACAAGAUCUCACAGUCCAAUUUACCUCUGAGUUCGCUCAAAUCCCGGCACCAUUUCCGCAGCGUUCAAGUGCCGUGGGCUACUGUAUUAUCUCGUGUUACCCUCUGGGGACAACACAAUGGUGCAGGUGA